CGCACUCAAACUAGCCUUCAUGGCUUUCUCUUGGGAAGCUGUGUGUUUACUUGGAGUUUGAGAUCGUUUCGGCGACCCAGUAAAGCCAAUAAGUAGCACCACUCAGUCUGAUUUCCGCUCAGUUUGAAAUGGCUUCGGGGGCCAGCUCUAAUUCAGUAUGUUAUGAAGGGCGGAGGCUAUGGGAGCUAACGUUAGCAAGCGGCAGCCAUCUUAGGCGAGCAUGUAAUCUUGGCUAGCUGGAAGUGCUCGUGUGGCACAACAAGAUGGCCUGUUAAUACCCGGACGGAGCGAAUUUCCGCGUCGACAGCAGACUCACAAAUCGCACCAAAUUACCGAGCUCAGUUAUUCGCUUAAAUGUCUGCUGACUGACAAGAGAACCAACGCGCCCCACACAAAGCAAACUUAUUUCCCCGAUUCUCUUAGAAGUCAUCGCCCGGCAGGAAAACGGAGGUCGUGGGGUUGGAGUGUGUUCUCAUGGCUGAGUCAGAGACUGAAUGUGACACACCCGGCCUUGACACACUUGGGUCGGAGUGUGUCAUAGCCCACAGCCAUGUCGACCUACACUAUGGAGCAGAAACUGAGAUCAUGACUGAAGAAAAGCGUGGAUUAGAGCUGGAGAUCCACGGCGCAGACUUAAAGAUCCAGGGACUGGGAACGGACCUCGGUGCUGUAGCCUGCGUGGAAGCAAUUGUAGCCGAGACAGACCAUGAUUACAUCAAGGUGGAACAUGGUGAGAUGCACUGUUUCACGGCAGCAGAAAUCAAGACAACAGGAGGCGAGGCUCUGCUGGGAGAGGUGCUGCUCAAGGCCGAAAGCGAGCAUGUGGUCAAAGUGGAGUCCGAUCAUGGUGGAGAGUUGACUGUCGAGUCUGAGAAUGGUGUAAUCAUACAUGAAGCCCAUGGUCUGCAGUGCAACGAGUGCGGGGAGAUUUUUGGCAGCAUUGCCGAUCUUCACCAACACUUUGAGAUCCAUAAGGACCUGAAUCCUUACAUCUGUGUCCACUGUGGUGAGAGCUUUGCCGUGGAGGCCAGCCUCAAGCAACACAUGAAGAUUCACAUGAAAGAAAAGCCCUAUGUUCCCCCUGGAGUUGAGAUUAUGGGCAAAGAUGUAAUCGAUGCCUUCAGCCUCAAGUCUCAUCAGAUGAUUCAUUUGCCAGACAAGCCCCACAGAUGCUCGGAAUGUGGUAAGAGCUUUGCUGCUGCCAUCACCCUGAGAGAACACAUGAAGAUGCAUUCCGAGGACAAGCCCUACAAGUGCACCCAGUGUAGGAAGAGUUUUGUCCGCAGAAGGCAUUUAAAAAAGCAUCAGGAAGUCCAUGCACGCGAGAAGCCAUACACGUGCGGCCAGUGUGGCAAGGGCUUCGCCACAACUUCCAACCUGAAGCAGCACCAGAAAACCCAUGCCGCAGUCGUGCUCGGAGACAAACCCCAUCGCUGCGCACAGUGCGGAAAGUGUUUUGCGGCUGCAGCCACUCUGAGAGAACAUCAGAGGAUCCACUCGGGUGAGAAGCCAUACAAAUGCAACAUGUGUCGGAAGAGCUUCGUCCGCAAACGCCACCUUAAGAAGCACCAACAGGUCCAUGCUGGAGGAAAGCCCUACACCUGCAGACAUUGCAACAAGGGCUUCAAUCACUCCUCUUCUCUCUCUCGCCACCACAAGACCCACCUGCAGAAUCCAGUUUUCUCUCCACCGCAGCCUGGGAAGCCCUUGUCUUACGGCACUCCCCCCAAACAGAGGGUGCAUCAGCAAGGAGACAAGCCCUACAUGUGCCACCACUGUGAUAAGGGCUUCAAUCAUUCCUCUUCCCUGUCCCGGCACCAAAGAGUCCACUCAGAGGGAAAGAGUUACACCUGCGCUCACUGUGGCAAAAGAUUCAAUCACUCCUCCUCCCUUGCAAGACAUCAGAGAGUUCACUUGGAGAACAAACAACAACAGCAGCAGCAGCAGCAGCCACAGCCACCACAGCCGCAACCGCAGCAGUACACCACCAUCCCCACAGGGAAGGCAUUCCCUAACAACGCUUUCCCAAAACAGCGCACCCUGUCCGUGGAAAAACCGUACAGGUGCACUCAGUGCGGCAAAGGCUUUAACCAUUCAUCUUCCCUCUCCAGACAUCACAGGAUCCACGUUGAUCAGUGAGCUCCAGUUCUGUCCCUCAAAUGUUGUCCCAUCCAAGCACACACCACCACUCCCCUCCUGUUUCUGUACCGACCAUGUUCCCAUCAAUGAAAACCCCCAUCAUCAGACCUCUAUAGACAAAGGGUCAGGUCAGCACAUGGCUGCGAUGAGGAGGAGCAGUUGACAAUAAAUGGACAGUAACAUGCGUCUUCAAAAAGAAACUGCUUGGCCUGAAGGACAAUGUAACCCAUAAUUCAGAGCUGAUCCUGUGACUGUGCUGAGUUUAAAGAGGGUAUAAUAAUAGAGCGGGAAGGCAGCGGUUAUUCUUGUUCGCGAUUGUGCUUCACCUGCUCCAGGAGCUCUUUUGAACACUUUUAAAGAAAAAAAAAAAUGUGAUUUGAAGAUCUACAAGAUAAAAUUGUAACCUGGGGAAAAUAUGCUUCACCCUCUGGCUUUGUAUUUUUCAAGAGACGAAUUCAGUUGAUGUACUUUCAGGUGGACACACAUGCUUCUCAGCCUCAACUUUAUUCAAGGCUACCAACACAAUUAAUGAACGAGACUUUCAAUUUAAAUAGUUUUUUUUUUUUUCAUCCACAUAAUCCAUCUAAAUCAAAUGUCAAAAAUCCAAUGUAAAUACGUAUUGAUUUUCUUUUAUAUAUAUGUAUAGGUGACUAGUGUGCUGUUCCAAAAGAUUACAUUUUUGAUAGUAAGAUCCACUUUGUCUCCACCCUUUUUUUUCUCCUCCUUUUUAUGACUUUAAUUUGUUUUAAGUGUUGGAGAUGAAACGUGUUGCAGGUGUUCUCAAGCAGCUUGUUCUGGAAUUUGGGCUACAUCAGACAUGAGCCUUCCUGUAUAUUUAUGAGGUUGUUUUCUUGUAUGUCUACUAUGGGUUGGCACUGCUGCAUAGACUGUACAGAGAGCAAUACUGGCUCAGCCCCUGGUUCUAUUAUGACAUGCAAUUUAGCCAUAAGUAAAUGCAUAAUAGAAAUAAAAACCUACUGGGUAGCAUAUUAAGACAUGACCUGUGUCCUAAUUAUUUACUGUGCGGUUUUCCUCUGUACCCCAGCACCAAAUGUAACUGCAAUGCAACACCACACUUUAUUUCUUUGGAGACUAAUUCAAUGACCCGUGUACAGAAUAUAGGUAACACACACUUUGCUCUGCAAAUUGUCACGAUUUGAUCUAAAAAUAGAUUGUGUAUACUAAGACAACGUGAAAAAUCUCACUUUUACAAGAUUUUUUGGAAUUCCAAUGGAUGGCGCUCUAUUUACUGUUCUGUGUAAAAUAUCUUUUACAAACUGAUGUAUUUUUUUAGAUAUGGCUUGGGCUCUAUGAAAGGGAAUGAGAGAUAUACAGUUUUUAUGGGAGUGAACAUUAUAGUGAGCAAUAUUUUCUUUUCAUUUGGAUAACAAUUGUGCUUCAAACUGUAGCAUAGGUUUCUUCCUUGUGUUAGAUAGGUGCCUUAUUGCAUGCGAUGUAGAAAUGUAUGCCGAGCUGUUAUUUGAGGAAAAAAAAGUUAGGGUUUCCAGGAGUCUUUUGUUCUUAUUCAUACUAACUUACCCUACAUUUUAAUUUGAUGUCACUGAUACCUUUUGCUUUCAUGUAUAUUACCAUGUGUUUACACUGUUACGACCAUAUUGUCUUUACCCCCACCUUUCCUUUCCUUUUUCAUUUUUUUUGUCGAUGGACUCAUUGUAGAGAGAAAAAUUGUAAAUCAUCCAUAUAAGCUUCUCUUAAGGGCAAAUCCUGUAACACCUUAUCCCAAUUUCUGAGUGGCACAUUUAUGGAUAAAUAAAGGCUGUUGACUCUC